UUACUUCAAUUAAGGCGGCAUAUCAAGUAUAAAGUGAACUUUUGUUAUUUAUACAUAAUGCAUGUUAAUCUGGCAAAUAUUUACGCUGAGCUGAUGCGUAAAUAUGGUGAUAAUCAUACAAUCACAUAUAGUGUGCCGCCAAGUUAUUUAACUAGAUUGGCUGGUGCGCGCGAAUCAGCAAAUAAAAUUGUUUUUGUCUACAAGGAGGAUCGCAGUGGCGGCAUUACGACGGCCACGCCCACCAAGCUGCUACUGAAACCGGAGCGUCGAUCACCCAAUACAGAUUUGGAUCUAACUGGCAGUCCGCUGAAAGACGACUGUAUUGUGGAUGCUAUUGCCGAUCUCUCGCUGGAUCUGAAUAUAGUCAAUCGGAAUCCUUGGAAACCGGAUGAGGAAUAUCAUCGAGGCAUACCGGCGGAUAAAGCGCGUGCGAUCAUCUGCACAGAAUCGUUUCAACAGGCCGAUGGUCAGGGCUCCGUUUGGUUUCUCUGCGAUGGCAGCGACUUUGGUCACACGCUGCUACUGCAAUACGAAUACCAUCCGACGCACUUCUCUCGCGGCAUAGUCAGCUAUUCGGGCGUAAUGCCCGCCUAUAUGGUGUCAUCCCAGUCUCUGGUGCGACAGCACGGACUAAGCGCAGGCGCACAACUAGAGACAUACAUUGAGAACAGCUAUCAGAUUAAUCCGCACAUGACGAUACUAUGCAGCUGGUCGACACCAGCACCACUGCCGUUGCUCAUCAAUCUGAGCGGCUGCAAUGUGUUAUUAAAUCAGGCAUUUCGUGUGGGCGAUUGCGGCCCUCUGACGGAGGACUUCAUGAACCAGCUGCGCAUCCUAGCGUACAUACGCGAAGACAUCGUUAGCUAUCACAACGAUGAGCGGGUGGGUGUGCAACGGGAACCGGUCUAUCGUUGUGGCAGCGGCAUUGACAUGGACGAACUGCGUGAAUCCAUUAACAAAACAAUGACUGAGGUCUCUGGCUUUACGGACGUCUUUACGGAUGGCCAUGCGGAGUAUGAUAUUGAGGAGGUGGUGCAGCGCGCUAAGCAGCGCAGGCUCAUGGAUCUCACCGACAAACUGUGGGAGUUGCUCAAAUCUUGCUCUUGCUACAAGGAUUUGAAACUAGCCUUCAACAUCCUCUUUCAAUGCGCUGUGCGCUGCAAUAUUGUGAACACACCAACAAAUAAAAAUCGGUUGGCUGAAAUCAUUGCAAAUUUGGCCAACAGUCGUUUGGCCAUGCCCUGCCUGAGCGGUACAGAGCCUUUGGAAUUGUUGCUGGAAAUCGGUUUGGAGAAGGUCCACAAGGAUUACGAGUUCAUCUUUACGGAGAGCAAAAUUUGCAGUAUUAGUCUGUUAAAAGGUAGCAGUGAAUCGGCCACUUCUGACAUAAACGAUGGCUCCUCAACGAAUGAUCUGUCCAAGUUGCGCAAAUCGCUGCAUAAUGCCAUGAGAGGUGAUGCGCCGGGUGGUGGUGGUGGUGGCAUACGCAAGACGCUGCUGCACAACACCGCGGGCGGCAAGCAAACCGGCGCCAAUUAUCAGAAUGACGAUUUGUCUGGCUUUAAGAAUAGUAACUUUAAUGAGAAGGAGAGCAUGCUGCAAAUAUCCAAGCUGUUUCAAAUACACUGCUCGUUGGAGCAUCUGUUGAUGAUACAUGUGAACUUGAAUUUACCCAACGUUUACGCUGAUGUCUGCACUCAGCUGUUGAACAAGCAGCCGCGCCUGGUGGAGAGCAUUGAUGAUAAUUUAAGCGAUGUGGCUGGCAUUCAGCUAUCUGCGCAUUAUGUGCGCGAACACUUGGAUGGCAAGGAUCCACACACACGCCAAAUAACAAUGAAGUCUCAGAACAAAUAUAGGGAGAACACGACCACAUUUUAUUUUAAUUUGGAAAACAUUUGUCCGCCUGAGCUGGCGAAAUGCUUUCAAUCCGACGAUAAGGAGCUAGUCAAGGAGCGUACAUAUCAUUGUUGGGUCUACCGAAAAAUUCGCACGCUCAAAUAGAAAUUGAUGUUUUGUUUUGUCUAAUUAUUUGUAUAUUUACUAUGUAUUUAAUCAUAAAUAUUUGUCGCUUAACCUUACAACCUGCUUAUCGCACUGCAAGAGCCGCAGACCAAAAUCAUGUCGUCUGAAUACUUACAAGUUUUAAUCCAUGCAAUUGUCUUGGAUCGCUCAAGGCUCUAAAUCUAUUUAUUUCAAAUGCUGAUAGUAAACACAAUUAGCGUGCGUUUUGCUUGGCAUAUUCUAAACAAAGUGCAAACACGCCGAGGAAAUGAGCAUAUUUGCAGCCAAGCGUUAAGUAAUGCUAUAAAUCGGCCCAAACGUGUGCCCAAUGGCCAGCUCAUGUGCAGCUGGCGCCACGGCAAACAGCCCCCAAAAAUGUUACAAUCCAAUUAGUGCAAUGCUCCAGUCUGUCGUCGACAAAUGCUUAGCCCGAUUGAUUUUCAAGUCUCAGAUGUGCGUGGAACGCGCUGCGGUUCGGACGUGUCGCGCUUUAAAACGGCAAUUAUACAAAUAUAUUUAAGACAAGAAA